GACACACCCCCCCCCUCCCCGCCCCUUUUUUUCCCAAUCCUGAACUGCUGCAACAAUGUGCAUCUAACCUCAUCUGUGAUACUACAACAAACAGAUGUGUUUGUCCGAGUAACCAGUACUACAACAAUGUUACAAAUAACUGCCUACAGA